GAUGCGGGACGGCCCCAACCUAGAACAUACAGAGGACAGGACAGGAAGUUUAGGAUCGCAGCUCCAGACGGCAACUCGCUGUGAUCCCCACGUUGCCUAAACCUCGGCCCCGCGGAGCCCACUCACCAAAAGCAGCCGCCAAAAUGGACGGGAGAGGGAAAGGAAAGAGUUCCCACAAUGCAAAGCUCUUCAGUGCAAAGCCGACACAUCGGAACCGGAAGUAAGCCGCAAGCGGAAGGGGCGGGGCAAGAAGAGGAGGGCCGCGGCUGGCAGCUGUGUGUACGGCUAGUUAGAAUGGCGGUAGAGCUGUACGCUUAAUCUUGUUGCGAGCCUUAAAGUUGUGUUAGUCUGUUGCUCCGAGCUGCGGACUGAGGAACCGGGGAACGCCGAACCGAGCGGGAGUUGGAAAGCCGACUGAGAGUGAGGCGGGAGGGACCAUGGUCUUAGUGUCCUGAGCUCAUCUAUCCCGAAGCCGCGGGUCUUGGGGAGGACUCCGGUGCGCCUCAGCUCCUGGGUCUACCCUCCCGCGUCAGUUUCACGCUUCCGAAGCAGCUGUGCCCGCUCUCCCGCCCUCGCCCAAGUUGCCGGCCUCUCGGAGAACGGUGGAGCCCCGCGCUGACUUCCCCAAACUCACCUCUUUAGUGGCGGUGUGAGCGCAACCUUGUCUUGUGAAACACCAGUUAUAUCUGAAAGCAGUAUUUCUGAAAGUAUGGCUCCCAGAUCACCUGAUUCAGAAUCACCUUGAAUUAUGACUCUUGGACCCCACCCAGAGCCAUUCUAUUCCUGAGCCCAUCGAGCAAGCAUUGAGGUGGCCCGUGAAAAAGACUAACAUCCACAGGACACUGGAUUAUUAUUGAUCGCCUGAUUAUAAAAUGCUUCCUCUGAAGAAAAUGGAAGAGACCAUGGCUUGGCUGACAGAUUAUCUCCAAGGGAAAGACUUCGAACAACAUUACAUCGUGUAUUCCAGCCAAAACUGCUUUGCCUGAAAACAAUCAUAAGGAAACACCGGACAAACCCAAAUUGAGAAAUAUUCUACAAAAUAAAUGGCCUAUUCUCUUAAAAAAGGUCAAGGUCAUGAAAGACGAAGACUGAGGGAACUACUUCAGAUUAAAGCAAACUACAGAGAGGCACAACAAUUAAAUGUAAUGCGUGGUCCUGGAUGGGACAAUGGACCAAAAUUGAAUACGAGGUGGAUUAAAUAGUCUAUCAACAGCAAACUUCCUCGUGGUAACAGUACUGAGGUUAUGUAAGAAUGAGACUGCCAUCCAAAGCUAGUCUACCAAUCAAUAGCCACUGUCCACAGUUGCCUCCUCCCCUCCCCAGCUAUUUAGUGAUGAUUCAGAUGGGCCCUCCCAGCCCUUCGCCCUCUCUGGGAUAUUGUUCGUAUCCCUGCUUCUGAGGUCUUUUCCCUCUCCUCCUUGACUGCACUCCCCACCUUCUGCUCACCUGGCUUCCUGUCCCUGUCCUCUCCUGCUUCCUAGCUCUCCCCUCCCUGGUCCGCCGGCCCCUUCCACCUCUGCGCCGCAGCCUUGCCUCCCCAGGUGUGCGCACCGCCAACCCCGCGCUCCGCUGUGCCCUUGCGCUCAGCACCUGCGGGUCCGAGCGGGCAGAGUUGGAGGAGCAGUCCCGCCGCCGGGGCGAUUUGCGCGCGAUUGCAGCUCCGGGCCGACCCCCGCGCCGGGUUCGGAUAGGUGGCUGGCUGCGCUGGUUCACAAGGCCGCCCUUCUGCCCGCUAUGGGCUGCUCCAGCAGCGCCCUCAACAAGGCCGGCGACGGCAGCAGGCUCCGCAGCGAAGAAAGUGAGUCCUGCUUUGCCCAACCCAAACCACAUACACUGGGAAAAGAAUCUACUCUUUAUGGCAAGGUACAAAAGGAAAGUCCUCCCCACCUCGAGAAGCUCAAGAUUUCAGCAGUGUCUGCAGCUAACGGUGUUAAAUCCCUCCAUGAACAGCCCCUGGCAAACGAUGCUGCAGAUCCACCAGGACCCACGGAAGAGACUCAGCCUCUAGAUGGACCCGAGGAGUCUGGGCCACCCCAGCCAGCUGGCAAAGAUGAUACUCCAGGAACAGGAGAAAAGAAGAAAGACAUGGGAGCAGUGACAGAGGCUCAGCCUUUAAAAGGAAAUGCUGAGACUGAAUCUGCAGGAACAGACACCAAGUACCAGCCUUUGAGGACCACAGGAGAGAGGGCCUCUCCUGGAGCAGUGGAAGGUACGGAACACCCACAUUCUGCCAGAGAGAUGAAACCUCUAGGAACAGCUGAGAAAAUCCCUUCUCUGGAAGCAGCUAGAAAGCCACAACCUCAAGAAGCAAUGGGAAAGGGAGAACAGACCCAACUCCCAGAAACAGUUCCCAAGAAGAAUGAAUCUCCAGAAAUAUUAGAAGGAAGCCAGUUUGUAGAAACAGCUGAAGAGCGGCAACUUCAAGAAACAUUGGGAAGAGAUGAGCAGUCUCAACUUCUAGAAACAGUUCCCAAAGAGAGUGAAACACCGGAAGUAUUAGAAGGAAGCCGGUUUGUGGAAACAGCUGUAAACAAUGAUUUGCUCCAUAAAACUCCUGAAGGUCCAGGAAACAUGGAGCAGAUUCAACCUGAAGGAAUAAUAGUUGGAAGCGUGGAGCAUUCAGCGGGAAUUCUAGAAAUAGGAGCAAAUAUGGAAAUGGUCAGGGAAAGUCACACGAAUGAUGACCAACACAUUGAAGGUGAGACAGGAGAAAAGGUUGAAACAGAGAUGGAGAAUGAGAAAGGAAGUGAAGGACCUGGAACAAAAGAAGAAGAAACAGGGGAAGCUGUGGAUCUUUCAGCAGCCACAUAGAUUGCCGUGGUAAUAGAAGGAUGAACGGACACAGUGUGUUGUUAACAGAGAGAAAAAUGGAGUGACGUGUGUGGGUACAGAUCUUAUCUUUUGAUGUCUACGUAUUUUAUACAAAGAGUGUGGUUAUCGUGUUCUUGAUUACAUUGUUCCAUAAAACUGCUAAGCUGUAAACAGUUUUCUUAGGCACUUGGAAUAGUUAUACAUUCAAGACCACAGCAGCCGCAGCCAAUAACGAGUAGGAUAUACGAUCCCGGGAGGGUGAGGGUGUUUUCUUCAUUGUGGUAAUAGGUCUAUUCAGUUUAAAAAUGAGACCCUAAAAAGAAGGUGUAAACCUUAGAUAUAGGUGGUUGGAGAAAGGAGUUAGCACAUUUUAGGGAGCUCAUGAUGAGAAGGUUACACAGUUAGAAUUACAGUGGGAUAAGAAUGAACAACAACGUCAGGGCAAACUAUACCUAGUGUUUCUUUCCUGUUGCAGAAUUUAAAGCUGAUAGGAACCUUGGAAAAUGUGUCCGUCUGGUUACCGUCUCACCGUAGACUGUUGUUUACCAUGGUGUGUUGAAUGUGUUAACAAAAUCCUUGUCAAAGGAAUGCAAUCUCUGGUGCUAUUGCAAGAUCAGGCAUUUCUACACCGAAAGGCUACACAUUUUCCAGGUGUCAUUUUGAAUUAGCUGUUGAUUUUGCACUUAGGUGAAGGGUUUCAAUUGGUGUUAUCCUUCUGACUAACAUUAAAGAUAUUUUCAAUAAACUGACUUUUAAAUGUAUUUCAGAGGCAGCAAACAACAAGAAUUAAAACCUAGAUGAGUGGGGUGCCUGGGUGGCUCAGUCGGUUAAGUGUCCUACUCUUGAUUUUGGCUCAGGUCAUCAGGAUGGUGAGAUUGAACCCUGCAUGGGGCUCUGUGCUGAGCUUAGAAUCUACUUAAGAUUCUCUCUCUUCCUCUCGCCCUGCCCCUCCCCCCUGCCCCUGCAUGUGCUCUGUGUGGGCUCUCUCUCUCUCAAAACAAACAAACAAAACACCUAGAUUAGUUGCCUAUGUGAAGUUUAUUCCUUGGGUCCUAUUUUUGGUUUUUGUUUGUUUUUAGAUUACUGUGGCUUCAUGUUAGGCUUUAGAGGUAGAAAGGAGCUAAGAAAUUAGAACUUAAAACGCAUUUAUAAUAUUUCAUUAAUGUUAAAAUGAUGCACCAUUGAAAGUUACUUUUUAAGAAUUUUUCCAAAAUUGUCAAGGGAUUUUAGUGAAAGAUCAUACGUGAAUGGUAGUGGUGAUAGCAAUCUUGUCUAUCACUGAGUGCCUUGUGUUUUUGAAUAUCAGGAUAGAGUUACAUUCUGGAAACAUUUGGUGUCUUUUCUUAUUUGUAAAUAUCCAUUUAUAAGAUAACUGUUCAGAUGAAUGAACUAGACUCUUUUACUUUAGCUUUUAUAUUAAAAUGACUAAGAUGACCUGUGAUUAAUUUCAAAAAUAUAGGAUACAGGGAAGCAUUAUCAUCUUUAUUCUGAUUUUAAUACUAGUUUAUGUUUCUGACUUUGAAGAGUUGAAGUAGACAACAAGAGGACGUGCUUGAGGAGAUGGCCCCCUCCUUUCUGCAGAGUGGCUGGAUUGCGAUUGUAUUGAGAGCAAGGACCGUUUUAUGUAUCUUUAAUUCAGGCAGUUAGCUCCUUUAAUUGGACAUGAUAAGUGCUUGAUAAAUAUUGGUCAAAUCAGUAAAUGAAUCAUGAAUACCAAGAGCUCCCAUUUAUUUUUAAUUCAUUAAAAAAGAAUAGAUUUAAAAUAUCAGUUUGUGUAACACUAACAUUUUCCUGAGGGCUGCUCAGGCUCGGUAACAAGCUAUAGAUUUGGUGUAGUUCUCAAAACAGUACUGUUUUGUGGCCAUGAAGUUACAUAAAUCAAAACUGGUAUCCUAUCUUUCAAGCUGCCUUUUGUAAUCCAAAGGUGUUUUUCCUGACCAAAAGGUAUUUUUAUAUAGAUAUCUAGUAAAUAGAAAAUGAUUGAGCUUAGUGUAAAAUAUGAAUGAUCACUUUAAAAGGUGGAACUGUACUUCAUGUCGAGUACUGAAAUAGUGGGAUUCAUUUACUUAAUAGACAUAAAGGGCCAUUCUCUGUUGUGUGGAUUUUUUUUUUAAUGAGUAGCAUGUGGUAAAGAGAUUUAUUCAGAAUCAAUUCUUGAAAGAACUCUGGCUCAAAGGCAUUAUUAUACAGUUGUAAGUUUUCAAAUUGUUUAUUAAUCUUAUUAUUUUCUAUUAAUUACUAAAAUAAUUUAUUCUUAGAUUUUGGAAAUUUGUAUAAAUUUUUGGUACUUUUUGUACUUUGGCCUUUAAUGUGGCUACUAAGACAUUUUUAAAAACUGUUCUUAUUCUUUUAGAUAAUAUUAAUUUUUUAUAGAUAACAUUAGUAAUUUUUUAUUCCAAACCUAUAAAUUAAAAUGUUCCAUAACAUGUGAAUAUUCUAGAAUUGAAAUAUUUUAUCUAAAUAAUAAUUUUUUUAAAGAUUUUAUUUAUUUAUUUGACAGAGAUAGAGACAGCCAGCAAGA